AAAGGGCACAGCAUGCUCGCGGCCGUCAGGAGCCUCCGGUGCCUCCGCCUGGGGCUCAGCGUCCGCUGCUCCCCGGGGGAACAUCUAGAUGCCGCGCCGCGGUUCUUCGCGGCUCUCCGGCCCCGGGGCCUCCCCCGCUACUCCAGCAGCCGGGCCCCCAGCGACUCUGGGCCCGAAGGUCCCGGGAAGGUUCACAGGGUCCCUGCCGAGCACAGACCUUCGCAAUUCGACAAGAAACUCCUGCUGUGGACUGGGCGUUUCAAAUCGAUGGAGGAGAUCCCGCUUCGGGUCCCGCCAGAAAUGAUAGAUGCUGCAAGAAACAAAGCUCGAGUGAAAGCUUGCUACAUAAUGAUUGGGCUCACAAUUAUUGCCUGCUUUGCAGUGAUUGCGUCAGCCAAACGGGUGAGUACCUCUUAA